AACCUCAAAUGAAACGGCUCUUAAGGGGUCGUCAGCUAGACUGUUAGGCCAUUGGAUCGUUCCCCUACGUUUCUUCUGCUCUCUAAACUGAGCCCGUGGCCUUCCAAUGGCCGCGUUCCCCACCAGGGCAAGGCCCCUUGGCCUCAGCCAUUGAAGUUUCCCUUUUUCCUUAUCCGUGAACCACAGCGUCUUCUCCAACUCAUGAUCUCUCAUCGCUCGAAAUGGUAAAGCCCCUCACAAACUUGUCUCUCAUUCACCUUCAACAGCACCCUUCUUUACUGGGUUGUCGCCGUUUUCUCAGAUUUUCAUCAGCAUCUAACGCGUCUUUCUAUCCUCAAUCUUCGCCCCAAAACUUGGUCCUCAAGGUCUGUGACCUCUUGUACAAGCAUCAAUGGCAACGAAGCCCGGAACUAAACCAUUUGAGCCCUCAGCUCAAGCCCCAAGACGUGGCGAAGAUUCUUGAAGUCCACAAGGAUACGGACUCGGCCUUGCAAUUUUUUUACUGGGUUUCUAAGAAACCUUUUUACAAACACAACUUCAAUUGUUUUGUCUCGAUGUUAAAUAGGCUCGUUCAUGAAAAAAAAUUCGCACCGGCAGAUCAUGUCAGGAUUCUGAUGAUAAAAGCUUGUCGAAAUGAGGGGGAUCUUACCCGGGCAGUCAACUACUUGAACGAUGUGCGUUUGAAAGGUCUCGAGUUCAGUUUGUAUACAUUUAACACGCUGUUGAUUCAAUUAGGUAAGUUUGAGAUGCUUGGGGCAGCUCGGACUGCGUAUACUCAGAUGCUGAAUAGUGGCAUUAAACCCAGUCUUCUGACAUUCAAUACUAUAAUUAAUAUACUAUGUAAAAAGGGGAUGGUUCAAGAGGCUGAGAUGGUUUUAAGUAGUAUUUUACAGUAUGAUUUGAAUCCAGAUGUGUUUACAUAUACGUCAUUGAUUCUUGGGCAUUGUAGGAAUAGGAAAUUAGAUGCGGCAUUUGGGGUUUUUGAUCAGAUGGUGAGGCAGGGCUGUGAUCCAAAUUCUGUGACAUAUUCUACUCUUAUUAAUGGUCUUUGCAAUGAAGGUAGGGUGGACGAGGCUUUGGACAUGUUUAGCGAAAUGAUUGAUAGAGGAAUUGAACCUACAAUAUACACAUACACCAUCCCAAUUGCUUCACUAUGCGGGAUUGGCCGCCUGAAAGAGGCAAUGGAUCUCCUGGGUAAUAUGAAGAAGAGGGGUUGUUGUCCAAAUGUUCAGACAUAUACAGCUCUCAUCAGUGGCUUGUCUCGAUCAGAUAAAUUUGAGGUUGCAAUGGGUUUAUACCACAAAAUGUUGGGGGAUGGUUUGGUUCCAAAUACAGUAACAUACAAUGCCUUGAUAUAUGAAUUGUGUUUGCGUAGAAGAUUCAGCUCUGCUUUUAUGAUUUUCAAUUGGAUGGAAAAACAUGGUAGUUUUCCGAAUACUCAAACCUACAAUGAAAUCAUAAGGGGAUUGUGCUUAAUGGGUGAUAUUGAGAAAGCCAUGGUUCUUUUCAAUAAAAUGCUGAGGGUAGGUCCCUGUCCGACUGUUAUAACUUAUAACACACUCAUUUAUGGAUAUCUCAGACUGGGAAAUCUGAAUAAUGCUAUGAGAUUGUUGGCUUUGAUGAAGGAUAAUGGAUCCAAACCAGAUGAAUGGACUUAUGCUGAACUUAUUUCUGGGUUUUGCAAGGCAGGAAAGUUGGAUUCUGCUUCUACUCUUUUCCAUGAAAUGUCCGAACAGGGUUUAAGUCCUAAUACCGUUAGUUAUACUGCUUUGAUUGAUGGUCAUUGUAAGGAGGGGAAGGUAAACAUUGGAUUGUCAUUACUUGAAAGGAUGGAUAAAAAUGGUUGCCAUCCAAGUAUUGAGGCUUACAAUGCCGUUAUUAAUUGUUUUUCCAAAGCAAAUAGGUUUUCUGAAGCUGAAAAACUAUGUAAUAAGAUGGCGGAGCAAGGAUUGCUGGCAAAUGUCAUCACCUACACGACUUUGAUUGACGGGCUUUGUAGGAAUGGUGGGACUCAUCUUGCAUUCAAGAUAUUCCAUGAAAUGGGAAAAAAAGAUUGUCUGCCUAAUUUGUUUACUUAUAGUUCUCUCAUUUAUGGUUUAUGCCAAGAAGGCAAAGCUGAUGAAGCAGAAAUAUUACUGGGGGAAAUGGAGGAGAAAGGUUUGGCUCCUGAUGAGGUGACAUUUACCUCACUAAUUGAUGGUUUUGUUAUGCUGGGUAGGCUAGACAGUGCAUUUUCGCUUCUUCAGCGAAUGAUUGAUGUGGGUUGUAAGCCCAACUACAGAACUUACAGGGUGUUGGUAAAAGGAUUGGAAAGAGAGCAUCAGGUGCUUGAAGAAAAAGUUGUGGUCCAACAUGAUGUGGCUUAUAGUUGCAGUUCUGAUGAAAAGGACAUCAGCUUUGAAAUGGUAUGCAAUCUCUUAGUCAGAAUGUCUGAUACUGGUUGUGAAGCCACUCUUGACACCUAUAGCACUCUAAUAUCUGGUUUGUGCAGAGAAGGCAGGACUUAUGAGGCAGAUAGGUUGCUUAAAAUCAUGGAAGAGAAAGGCUUGUGUCCUAAUGAAGAGAUCUCUUAUUGUCUAUUAAUUGCUUAUUGUAAGAAUUUGAAGUCCUGGUAGAUGGAUUGUUGAAGGAGGAGAAAUUAGAUCUAUGCAUGAAGCUUCUUCACAUUAUGGAGUCUAGGAAUCGUUCUCUCACCUUCCAGACCUAUGUUAUCUUGGCCCGGGAGCUAUCCAAUGUUGGAAAGUAUGUUGAAACGUACCCAUUGGCUGAUAAAUUGAGAGCUUUGAUGGAUGUUUCAUGAGUUGAAGAAAUCGUUCUCUCACCUUCCAGACCGAUGUUAUCUUGGCCCGGGAGCUAUCCAAUGUUGGAAAAUAUGUUGAAAUGUACCCAUUGGCUGAUAAAUUGAGAGCUUUGAUGGAUGUUUCAUGAGUUGAAGUUUUGUCUAUUGUAUCAUAGCACACAGAAUGAUGUGUUAUACCCAGAAAGACAGAUCAUUGAGUACUGAUUGAAACAACAAUUUUCCAGCCUGAGGUGCAAAUGAAUUUUUCCAGCUGUAAGCACCUCAAAACUCCAUCAAAUAAAUGGUACACUGACUGUUCCUGAAGCAAAAAAUCAGUAAGCAAAGAAACUUUUGGUUUAAUAGUGGAAGGAAACGAUCUUUUUAGUACCAGGUAUACCACCUUGCAGUGCCGAUGCAUGGCUUUCAGAUCCUGAGCAUGACAAGGUUUGAAGGUACACUUCAUACGAUGCUAAAGCAGAUUUUUUUUUUUUUUUUUUGUAUUUUAUGUUAUUAAAUGUUCAUUCAUUUAAUUAAAUAUUCAUCAAUAAAAAUAGUUACUGUACACAUUCUUUUCAAUUCAUAAUUUCAUUGUUGAUUUUUUUUUUUUUUUUUUCAAUUUGAUUUAUGAUUACAUAACUGUUAUUUUGUAACUUAACAGAAACUUCCAGUUUCCAGGGAGAGCCAAGUGAUUGGAAAUAUGGGGCUUGGAAUACUGUAGUAACUAUGUAUAGUUGCAUCGAGUUCCUGCAGCUGCCUCCUUAAAUUUUCUGUAAGUGAUGGGGGCAUAUUUAUAAAUAAACCAAUUUUGAGGUGUCUUAUCAUGGUCAUCUGAUUGAAUGAGUUCUGAUCUUAUAAAUAGUUGAUUUCAAUUCAACAUUCCAAUUAUUUUGGAAGUAUUGAAUAAGCACCAAUCUUACAUGUGUUGAUAUUAUUUGGAAGAUAAUGGUGCCAGUCCUAAGGCGGUCCAGUAGGGGCAAUAGUUCCCAUUUUGUCCCAUGUGUAUAUUUUUAAUGUAUUACUCUUUUUUUUCCCCUUGUAAUAUGUAUAUAAAAUUAACCUUUAACAUUAUAUUGAAA